UUUCUGUGCAGUUUCAAAAUAAAUACUGUAUUCCUAAGUAACAGUUGUUUUGUAUGCAAUAUUCUAUCAGAAAUUGUUACUCGAAUAAAGAUUAUAAAAAUUAACUGUCUUGGCGGGAAAGUUAAUAAAUUACACGGAACAUUUUGACGGAAGUGACGUCCUCUUCGCGCAUGCGUGGACCAACUAACUACCAAACAUUUCGAAUGAAGAUGGCGGCUGCUUCGCUACUCCCGAGUGAUUCAAUGUUUUGGUUUGGAGAUUGACAUCCAGCAGUCCCCUCACAUGAAAGAGGAAGAGGAGGAUCCACAUCCCACCCACAUGAAAGAGGAAGAGGAGGAUCCACAGCAUCCCCACAUGAAAGAGGAGGAGGAGGAUCCACAGCCCCCCCACAUGAAAGAGGAAGAGGAGGAUCCGCACAUGAAAGAGGAAGAGGAGGGGGAGUGUGUUGUAGGGCAGGAGGAGGAUGAUGUCAGCAAGUUUCCACCGACUGUUGUCUCUGUGAAGACUGAAGAGCAUGAAGACAAAGCACCUGAGUCCUCACAGCUUCAUCACAGUCCAAACGUCCAGCGGGUGUCAGCGGGGAGUCAUGAAGAGGAGUGGCACACCAGUGUGGGACAGAAGGAGCUACAGGCCCCCUCCCACAUUAAAGAGGAGCAGCUUCAUGAUGAAGAUGAAGCUCAGUCCUUACAGCUUCAUCACAGUCAAAGUGAGGAGAACAGAGGGGCGGAGCUUGUAAGUCAACACAUCACAGAAGCUGAUGGAGAGCAUUGUGAAGAUAUCAAGUCAGAACCAGACAGCAUCUUUGCUCCACUGUCAGACAUGGACCACAUGAUGUCACACUCUUCUGAUCACAGUGACCACAUCCAAAAACCUUUGGAGAGUAAAAAUGACUCUAAAGGUGAUACGAGACAUCACACUAACAACAAACACUUUGACUGCUCUGAAUGUGGGAAAUCAUUUAGAAAGAAGUGUCAUUUUACAGAACACAUGAGAAUACAUACUGGAGAGAAACCUUUUACUUGCUCUGUUUGUAAGAAGAGUUUCUCCAAAAAGCUUAACAUGACCACACACAUGAGAACACAUACUGGAGAGAAACCUUUUACUUGCUCUGUUUGUAAGAAGAGUUUCUCCACAAAGCCACACAUGACCACACACAUGAGAAUACAUAGUGGAGAGAAACCUUUUACUUGCUCUGUUUGUAAGAAGAGUUUCUCCAAAAAGCUUCUCAUGACCAUACACAUGAGAACACACACUGGAGAGAAACCUUUUGCUUGCUCAGCUUGUGCUAAAAGAUUCAACACAAAGUAUGACAUUAUAUUACACAUGAGAACACACACUGGAGAGAAACCUUUUACUUGCUCUGUUUGUAAGAAGAGUUUCUCCAGCAAGCAAAGCAUGACCAGACACAUGAGAACACACACUGGAGAGAAACCUUUUGCUUGCUCAGCUUGUGCUAAAAGAUUCAACACAAAGAACCAAAAUACAUUACACAUGAGAACACACACUGGAGAGAAACCUUUUGCUUGCUCAGCUUGUGCUAAAAGAUUCAACAUUAAGAAUGACAUGAUAUUGCACAUGAGAACACACACAGGUGAGAAACCUUUUACUUGCUCUGUUUGUAAGAAAAGUUUCUACAGCAAGCACAGCAUGACCAGACACAUGAGAACACACACUGUAGAGAAACCUUUUGUUUGCUCAGCUUGUGCUAAAAGAUUCAACACUAAGAAUGACAUGAUAUUACACAUGAGAACACACACAGGUGAGAAACCCUUUACUUGCUCUGUUUGUAAGAAGAGUUUCUCCAGAAAGCAAAGCAUGACCACACACAUGAGAACACACACUGGAGAGAAACCUUUUGCUUGCUCAGCUUGUGCUAAAAGAUUCAACACUAAGAAGGAAAUGAUAUUACACAUGAGAACACACACAGGUGAGAAACCUUUUACUUGCUCUGUUUGUAAGAAGAGUUUCUCCAGAAAGGAACGCAUGACCACACACAUGAGAACACACACUGGAGAGAAACUGUUUAGUUGCUCUGUGUGUGAUACGAUGUUCAGGUUUAAGUAUCAGGUGAGUAAACACAAGUGUGUAACAGUCAUGGAAGCUGCAGGGAUGUAAACACACUUAAACAGUGAUUGUGCUAAAUGUAGUUUAAAAACACAGCAUGUUUAAUAAGAAUGUAUAUUUGAUGUUGUAUGUAGUGCUUCUCAUCUUCUAGUCUUAUAUGUUGUCCUGUACUUAUUUUUAAGUUGUGUGCAUGUAUUGAAUAUUAUAUAUGUAGCUAUUUUUAUUUUAUUUUUUCUCAUUGUUAAAGGGGAACAUUGUCACCAGACCUAUGUAAGCGUCAAUAUAUACCUUGAUGUUGCAGAAAAAAGACCAUCUUUUUUUGACCGAUUUCCGAACUCUAAAUGGGCAAAUUAAACGCCUUUCUAUUAUUCGCUCUCGGAGCGAUGACGUCACGUUGUGACGUCACAUCGGUAAGCAAUCCGCCAUUUUCUCAAACACCGAGUCAAAUCAGCUCUGUUAUUUUCCGUUUUUUCGACUGUUUUCCGUACCUUGGAGACAUCAUGCCUCGUCGG